CGACCGCUCACCGCUGUGAACACAGAGGAACAGUAGGUCGCUGCAGAAGCUGCAGUGCUUCAUGGAGUGAUACUUUCCAUCAAUGUUUUCUCAAUUAAUUUGACUUUUGUUUCAUACCUCUCUAAAGCUUACAGGACCUUAACUGGCUAUUAACCCUUGAUGUUUCACUAAGUUCCAAAAGCCGCAAUUUUCAAUUAUUUUAAUGAUGGGUUAACAUGACACGUUAUUCUGAUUAAUCCAUUAAUUGUUUAGUCUGUAAAAUGUCAGAAAAUUCUGAAAAAUCCCCAUCACAAGUUCAUAAUAGAAAUUCAAUAGGGAAAGCUAUCGAGGAAUCUGUGGGGGGGGGGGGUGCAGGCCUGAAACACUUAAUGGAUCAAAAUUGUUGGCCUUCAAUCAACUAAUCGAUUAAUCAGGAACACUGAUGGGUUCACUUGCACAGUGUGUAGUCGCCUGCUGCUAGUCCUGUUAACAGCAGUGAAAUGAAUUUCGUCGGAUACCUACAAUAAAGGGAGAGCACCCCGUCAGUCACGUGACGAGCGCUGCUCGUGGCCGUGACCGCCUCGCGUCCCCGCCGCGGCUCCGUCCAUCCUCCCCGCGGGGCCCCUGGCACACCGACACCUCGCGCGGAUGCUGGGGGACUCCUGCCCAAACAGUCGCACUAAUGAAUGAACUCAAUUGCCGGACAAAUUAAGGUCGCAUCUGACUUGAUCCUUAUUUUACAGAUUUCGAUCAUUAUCGGGAUCACCCCCAAAGUCUCAUUACCGCCCUAAUGAGGCGCUGCUACUCCGUGACAUCUAGCCCGCUCCAUCUCGUUAAGGAAAUCGCUCUUCAAUGCUGAUUAUUUUAUUUGGAGGUAUAAUUAUAUUUCUUUCGGAUAAAUCACGGCCUAAUCGAGUCCGCGCGGAGGCCAGCGGCGCUAAUUGAGCCAUGAGAUGCGGCGGCGGCGCGCCGCACCUGGGCCGAUGUGCCGGCGCGGGCCGCCGCCGCUCGGAGGACGUGCGGAGGCUGGAGAGGGGAAGCGUCCGCGUCCUGCACCCGAGUCACACGGCGACUCGUGUGCUCCGACCCCUCCCAGACGUCGCCUCGGUGAUGGAGGCAUCGUUCACACGGCGUGCACCCGCGGAGCCCAUUGCGCGAAAGUCUUAUUUAUUUCUUGCUGUAUCGCAUCAGUGUAAAAACAGGAUUUUAAAUUUUUUUUUUCCGGGGUCAUUGAAUGUAUCGAAAUGUUUUAUUUUAAAAACGGAUUAUGGCCUGUGGAAGGUGAAAGCUGUCAGGUUGAAUGUUGUUGACGAGCACUACAGUAAUACUUUUGCGAUACUGUACAUCGCUCGUCACGUGAUUCGCGAGCGAUGUGUUUUUACUCUUUGUUGUGCCUCCUGUGCCGCAGUCACUCAUCCUGCAUCUGCAUCUCAGUAGUUUCUUUAAGGAAAACAAACAUUUCUCUGAAGUCGUGUCCUCCCUGCAGCACGUGACUGACAUGGCUCUUGACCUGGGAGCAAACAGACCCGCCAUAUUCACUCCAAUAACGAGAGGGCGAAGGUUAUGUUGUGCACCUGUGCAAAGUCACGUUAUUGACUCAAUAGUUCAUUUUAUUUUUUUACAUCCUUAUGUAUUAGAGAUUAACAACGUUCAAAUUAUACCACCCAACAAUUUAAAAACGGGUACAAAAUUAACUCCACAGCAGCCAACCUCUUUAAUGACAUGCGUGAGAAAUAUGAAUGCAUAAGUAAUAACAAUCAUUAGUAUAACUCACGUUUGACAGAGGCCAUUUCCUCCACCACUGAUUAUGCUGAUGAUUUACUGUUUUUAGGUUUAUUGGUAGGCUUUGAAAAUAUACUAUUAUAAAAUAAACUAUAAUGAUAUAAGAUCGUAUCAGUCCAUCUAUGUUGAUAUGGAAGCGGUGUAAGUGGCCGCCACCAGUUACCUCAAUGACAGCCUGGCGGUUGCGGCACAAUAAGGGAGGAUGCGUUUGCCGCAAACUUGUUUUUUGGGUUGUUUUUUUUUGGCGCUGUCGCUAAACUUUGCCCGUGUCAAACUUUUGCAGAAGGCCGCCGUGUGGCUGCGGCUGCGUCCGAUUUGCAGCAUCAGCAUCCUCUCCUCCCGGCACACGAAAUCUCCAACUGAGUGGAUACGGACUGCAAAGGAGAGAGGGAAGGAAGGGAGGGAGAAGUCAAAAUCCCCGCGGGCCUGGUGGUUGGUGAAGAGCCUGCACCAGGAGGUUGAGGGUCCAAGAGCCACCAACCAGCGCCCUACUGUGCGUCCAGCAGCGACCACAUGGACCGCAGGGAUGAAGGAUGCCGCCGCGGAGCUCCUGGGCCACAGGGAGGCUUUAAAGUGCAGGCUCGGCGGAGGGGGACCCGACCCGGGCCACUCCGGCGAGCUCGGCCCGGGCCCGGACGGCGUGGAAGGGGCCACGAUGCUCCCCGGUGACGACAUCAGCGGCGGCGGCGGCGGAGGACCCAACCCGGUGCAGGGCAACAACAAAGAGCAAGAGAAGCAGCAGCAGCAGCAGCAGCAGAACAGCAACAACCAGAACCAGUCCGGAGCGCAGCAGUCCCAGAAACAGAAGCGGCACCGAACCCGCUUCACGCCGGCGCAGCUCAACGAGCUGGAGCGGAGCUUCGCCAAAACGCACUACCCGGACAUCUUCAUGCGGGAGGAGCUGGCGCUGCGGAUCGGCCUGACGGAGUCCCGAGUGCAGGUCUGGUUUCAGAACCGACGCGCCAAGUGGAAGAAGCGCAAGAAGACCACCAAUGUCUUCCGCGCGCCGGGGACUCUCCUGCCGACGCACCACGGCCUGCCCCAGUUCCCGUCCGCCGCGGCGGCAGCGGCGGCCAUGGGCGACAGCCUGUGCUCCUUCCACGCCAACGACACCCGCUGGGCCACGGCCGGGAUGCCCGGCGUGUCUCAGCUGCAGCUACCGCCGGCACUGGGCCGCCAACAGGCCAUGGCGCAGUCCCUGUCCCAGUGCAGCCUCGGCGCCGGGCCGCCGCACAACUCCAUGGGUCUGUCCAACAUGUCGUCCAACGGCUCCGGGCUGCAGUCCCACCUGUACCAGCCCACGUUCCCCGGAAUGGUACCCGCGUCCUUAUCCGGCCCGACCAACGUGACCGGCUCGCCUCAGCUGUGUAGCUCCCCGGACAGUGACGUCUGGAGAGGGACAAGCAUCGCCUCGCUGCGCCGCAAGGCGCUGGAGCACACAGUAUCCAUGAGUUUCACCUAGUGCGAAGAGCUUUUUCCUUUCACGCGCGCGGAGAAUCGUCUGCGUUCACCUCUUACUCAUCCACCGGGAGAAAUACAAGCAGGAUACUUCCCAUCUCACUCCGCAGAGCUUCACGCCUGGCGUGUCCCCCCCCCCCCCCCCCCUUCUCCCAAAUCACAGACAAGAGGGAAAACAGAAGCUAUUUACCCAGGCCCGUUGGCCUCUGUCAAGCAUAGGGCUGCUUCUGUUUUAAGCUAUAAUUUAUUAUUUCGCAUGUAGCCUUAUAUGACGACUAUUUAUUUGUCUAUUUAAAUUAACUUAUUCGUUUGCUCAGUAUAUAUUUAUUUGGCACACGCAGCCUUUGUUGUUGCGGGGAUCUCGGUGACUGACGUUUUUUUUCUUUUUCUUUUUCUGUGGAUACUUUGAAAUACGAAAAAACUAUAGGCGACAUUUUUUCCCCCUUUUUAUUUCUCUCCCCAACCUGCUGCACAGCAUGUAACCGUGAAGGGCCACAGGCGCGUGCACGGUGGACGUGCGGCAUCAAGACACCCGGAAGUUUAACAGAGUGAACACAUGAAAGAUUCACCAGAGAGAGAGAGGGGGGGGGGGGGGGGGGGGAGGGGGGUCUGACAGGAAUCAGGACAACAUGGAAAAGGACUUUGAAUGCAUGUGCUGUCCAGGGCAAAAAAUAAAAAUGAUGAUAAUAAAUAAAAAUAUUGAAGGGAAAUACUACAAAUGAAGACAUGGGAACUGACUCUAACUAUACUCUGUCAUAUAGGAUGUUUUGUGUAGGGGAAGCGCUCUCGUUCCCGUUUGGUCAGUUUGUGAUAAACUUAUGUUUCCAAGAAUUCUGUCUGUGCUUAUUAUCAAAUAUGACUUUCUCGAACGUUUGAACCAUUUUGUUUCAUGGACAUGUUUAUAUCAAUUAAAUGUAAAUGAUCCAAUAAAAAAAACCAACAUUUUC